AUGGCAACAUCCCAGCUGGGCGAACAUCGCCAUAUGCGCAACGGCAGUCUAAACAUCCCAUCACAGCAGAGCCGCCACGGCGGCGUCGUGGCGCCCAUGCCCGGACCAGGCCAUCGCUUUGACGGGCCUCGGAGCCCGCCCAGCGUCGGCGCCGACGGAGAUGCCGCCAUCGCCGCCUGCCGCCAACCGUUUCUACGCCUGUCCCAUACCGCCGUGAUCGCUGACUUUUGGGCUUGUGCCUGCCCCUACCACCGCCGACAGAUACCUCUCAUGUUCCCUGCAAAUUCUAUCGCCAGGGAGCCUGCCAAGCGGGAAAUGCCUGUCCCUUCAGCCACGAUCUCAACGCGGCAUCUGAAACUAUCUGCAAGUACUUUGCAAAGGUGCGUGGUUGACGAGUUUGAGGCCGUCCUUCGCCGUGGGCUCGUCAUGAGUACAUGGAUUAAGGCAUCGGGCAACUGCAAAUUUGGCCCAAAAUGUGCCAACGUCCAUGUGCUCCCCGACGGCCGCCGUGUCAACUAUAGCAAGAACGGUGUGACGAUAGGACCGCCCCCCGUGCCUCUAGGCGUCCGGGUCAGCCCGCUGGCCUACCACCAGCCGUCGAACAGCGCGCUUACCAACUCCUUUUUGCGAGCCGAUGCCAUCCCCACGUACCACCCCCCACCCCCUCCUCCGCCCGCGGCCACGUACGGCUUGCAGGACGAUCGUUUUGGCUCUCAGCUCGGCCCUCAGCCGGGUGCAGAUAAUAAUGUCCCUACAAUCGACACAACCUUCACUUCGAAUCCCCCUUCGGUUUACGGAUCUCCGCGCGAUGAAGACACCGGCCGUCUCUCUAUGGGCCUCUCCCCGGCGGUGAAGGGGCUUUCUGUGAUGGAUGCCCCGCUCCCCGCUUCAUUCGAUAGCAACGGCAUCUCGCAUGCCGCUCGGUAUGGGCCGUGGCCAGCCUCUGUGCCCUCCAAGUUCGGCUUGGAGUCGCCCUCUCCAUCGCUCAGCGCUGCGCGUGAAGGCCGCACUUCCGAGACACUCAAGAUGCUCCACACUUCUGCAUUUGGCAGCAGUGACCAUCUUCCUCCUUCUGCCAUUGGCAUAGGUGAUGUUAAUGGGUUUGGUGGCAGCAGUCCUGCUCUUGGUUCUGCUACUCUAGGCUCUGGCCUGGGCAGUGACGACUUCUUUGGGAAGCGCUCACUGCACAGCAGCUCACUGCGGUAUGCCAAGCCGAGGCUGAUGAGCAGCAGUGUGCCCAAGAUCGACCGCGAUUGGGAGCCUGAGUUCAUGUUUGAGGAGGAUUAUGUCCCCGGAUCUCUUGCCAACGAGGUGCUUACCCCGGCUGAGAAGGCAAGGAGAGGCUCGAGCAGCAUGCGUAUCUUUGACACGCCUGAUCCCGUCAGUACCGGUGAAUCGCUGCCAAUUUCUAUGACUAAGUUUGGUAGUCCUCUGGGACAGAGUCCGAGUCGCUGGACCUCGCUUUUCCAGAAACAAAAGGAGGAGGAAAUGGAGCUCGGUGGCUCUCGCUCCCUGAAGCAUAUUGCUGCCUUCGGUCAUGUCGGCAGUCCUCUGCGCAAUUCUAGCCUCGCAACCGCUUUUACUGCUGAGGAGGACGAUGCUCGUGAUGCGGGCACUGACUCAGUUUCCGCAUUAACUCGUCAGCUGCGGGAGACUCACCUGGCUCCUGCCGGCUCCGGUAUUUCCAGCCCUCUUCCGAAUCCCAUCGGACCUCGCACUAUCAAAUCAAACGGCGCGACUACCCCCAACGUCGGAGUCAUCGGGGAGAAGGAACACGGUUUAGAGCGUCACAUCACCAGUCCGACUGUGACCCCGAGUGUGACGACCAAGUUCUCUAGCCAGAUCGACGAGGAGGAUUCUGUGUUCAGAAUGGAAGAGGAGGACGAAGCCCAGCUGCGGGCCAAGAAGAGCAGUACCAGCACUAAUCCUUCUGCUGCUGGCGCGACCAGCCCGCUCAGCAGCGGAUGGAGCUACGCCAGCGUGGUUGCUAACAGCAGCAGUGGCGCUCUGACUCAGUCUGCCUCUGCUGCCACUCCUGAGGCGACUUCUGAGACAAAGUAA